AUGGAGGAGGAGGCAAAUUACGAUGAUGAUGAAGAGGCAGAGCCGGAAGAUGAGGAGGAUGAUAAUGCUGCUGAUGAGGAAGCAGAACAGGAGGUGCAGCCAAAGCAAGCCAAAAAAAGGAGAAGAGGAAAGGCUGGGAGAGGAAGAGGUAAGCCUCCCGCACAGGAUCAGGAGGAGAGAAGAGCGGCAGCAGAGACCAUUGGUCGGUCUAUCCUGACUGCCAAAAUGAAGAAGACUCGGAUGUGUGAUUUUCACAAGGAAGGGAGGUGCAAAUACGGGUCAGACUGCGCGUUUGCACACGAUGAGUCCGAGUUGCAAAAAGCACCAGAUUUGAAAAAGACGCGGCUGUGUCGCGCCUUCCUGCAGCGGAAGUGCAACGACGCUGACUGCAAGUUUGCUCAUGGUGAGCAGGAGCUCCGAGCUUCUGACAUUUGCUUUAAAACAGCCCUUUGCACUUGGUUCGAAAAGGGCAACUGCCAGAGCGGUUCCCAAUGCCGGUUUGCCCACGGGGAGGAAGAGCUUCGGGACGAUCCUGAUGCGAAGGGGAUGGCGACCGAAGUCUCUCGAAAGAGGAAGCUGCCUGCACCUGCGGAGGAUCCGGGCCUUGGUGGGCUCUAUGAUUUUCUCCCACCCCCCGACCCGGAGAAAGACAAGGCCACAGCUGCCAAAGCCAGAAAAACUGCGGAGCUGAACACCAAGCCCAAGCUUCCUCCAACAGACAGGACUCGUGUGAUUUUCUUGGAUGUCGACGGUGUCCUGCUUGCAGCGGGCAGCGUUGAGAUGAUCUACAUAGACGGCGUGAUGCUGCCUGUGCGGGCGGCAAAAGAGGCUGACUUCAGCAGAGUCGCUCUCUCGAACUUGCGCUCCAUAGUGCAGCAGACUGGCGCCACCAUUGUUUUGUCGUCCGAGUGGCGGCGAAGGGAGGAGAUGAGAGACAACAUCCGGAGAACCCUGGCGGCCCAGGACAUUCCCGGCUUUCAAGACUCAACGCCAAUUUUCCAGCCAUCUGCAGAGCUGGUCAAGCAGAGACUGGAUCAGGCAAUCAUUUGGGCAGAGCGCCGUGCGCGUGAGAUAGGCAGUUGGUUGAAGCAGCACAAAGAAGUCAAGGCAUGGGCUGUCAUCGACGACAUCGAUUUUAGCUGGGCUGACAGUGUGAAGGUUCAAGGAACUCCGCUCAUCAAGCACCGCUCAGUUCUGACCAACCCGAAGCACUGCAUAACAGAGAAGGAUGCAGAUGAAGCUGUCCGGAUCUUAUUAAAUCCUCCAGUCAUCGCGCCAGGUGAGGAGGCGGAUGCCAUUGCUGCUGCCAGAUAUUUGACGGACGAAGCAUUGGCAAAGUGUGCAGGAGGAGGCUUGAUGUGA